AUGUUAGAAGCCUUGGCCGCAGUCGGCCUCGCCGGAAAUGUUGUCCAAUUCAUUAGCUUUGCAUCAGACUUGAUCUCGGCCAGCACCGAGAUCCAUGGCUCCAUGAGUGGGUGUUCCGAAGGAGUACUUGCCCUCGACGCAGUGUAUGGACAACUGGGCGAUCUAAGUGCCGGUCUGGACGCAACUUCCAAUAGCGGCGUACACUUCUCAGCCAGGGAGCUAGCCAAGAGUGUGGCCACUAUCAAGAACCUGUCCCGCUCCUGCAAGGAGGAUUGCGAUAAACUCCUGGGUAUCGUUCAAAAGCUCAAGACAAAUAGUGGAUCGAAGAGUAUGUGGAAGAGUUUUCGAGUGGCUCUAAAGACAGUCUGGGAGAAGAAACACAUUACUCAAUUGGAGGAACGACUGAGCAAGACUCAGGUGGCAUUGACUCUCCAAAUCUGUGCGAUUUCCAGCCGGUCUGGCCCCGGUUCUGGCAGUCAUUGGCACAGCGACCACAACCGGGAACUACAGCGGCUGCAGCUCGAUGCCCACGUUCUGCAUCUAAACCAGUCCAAGAAACUCAACCAAAUUUCCGACGCCCUGUCACGACUAGAAACACAUAUUGCUUCAGUCCAGUCCAAUCCCCACGAUAACCCAUUCAUUGGCACAGAAAUCGUCAAAUUGGAGGACCAGUUCCGCCAGUUGGCAGUAUCAGAAGACGACGUUGCGAGAGAGAAGGCGGUUUUGGAAACCCUGCGCUACGAAUCUAUGCCAGUCAGGCACAGUUUGAUCCCAGAAGCCCACAAGCAAACUUUCCGAUGGAUCUUUCAACAGCCCAGCGAGGACGUGACUCAUGAAUCCAAGUUUUGUACCUGGUUAGGAAAGGGUAAUGGGAUAUUUUGGAUCUCCGGAAAACCGGGCUCUGGCAAAUCAACACUGAUGAAGUUCAUCACCGACGAAGAUUGCACGCAAACAAUUCUAUCCACCUGGGCAGAACCGAAGAGUGUCGUCAUCGCAAGUCACUUCUUCUGGAGCGCUGGAACUGCGAUUCAAAAAUCCCAGGAGGGUCUCCUACGAUCCCUCCUCUAUGACAUCUUCCGCCAAUGUCCCGAUCUCAUUGAGCAGUCAUGUCCCGAGGAAUGGUUAGCAAAUAUCAACCGCCAAACGCAAGUUAACACUAGCCACUCGAGUUUUUGGACACCUUCCGAGCUUCACAAAACUCUUCGAAGAGUGGCAAAGGAAGGAAUUCUCUCUAGCAACAUUUGCUUUUUCGUAGACGGGUUAGAUGAAUACGACGGCGAUCAUUUCGAGCUCUGUCGCAUUUUACAAGAUCUUGCAGAGUCUCCGAAUAUCAAAAUUUGCCUCUCGAGUCGGCCCUGGCCAGUGUUCGAGGAAGCGUUUGGCAGCGACCCUUUGUAUAAAAUCCACGUCCAUGAGUUGACGAGAGGCGAUAUCCAGCGGUACUCCAACAGUCGUCUUCAAGAGCACCCCCGAUGGUCACAUCUCGCUUCAGAUCCCGCACAAGCGCGAUGGCUGCUUGAAGAAAUCACGGAGAGAGCAAGCGGCGUGUUCCUCUGGGUCUUCUUGGUCACAAAGCUGCUUCGGGAGGGUCUUACAAACAGAGAUAGCUUUUCAGAUCUUGUUCGACGUCUAGAAGCUUUUCCUCUGGAGCUUGACGCCUUCUUCAGGCAUAUACUGGAAUCCGUUGAUCCCUUUUACCACUGCAAAAUGUCGACUACGCUUCAGAUAACGCUCGCCGCGGUGGGGCUAUUACACCCUCCCAUCUUUGAAUUUCACGAUAUGGAAUACGACGACCCUAAUUAUGCCCUUUGCCUUCCGUUGCGACCACUCACGGAGGCUGAACUUGGUCAGAUGAUAGAGCGGAUCAGUUGGCGGCUCAAGAGUAGGUGCCGCGGUCUUAUCGAAAUCCACGAGAACUCCGGGGCUGUCACUUUCCUUCAUCGGACGGUCAUGGACUUUUUGCAAACACGAGAGAUGUCCGACUUCUUGAGCGCUAAAGGGCCGCCCAACUUUAAUGCGGAUCUCUGCCUCGUUAAAGCCUUCACGGCGGCUUUCAAGUUGGGUGUUCGUCGCCUGACGCCGGAAAGCUACAAGGAAAUCACAACCUCUGACGGUGCUCUCGAGAGAACCGAAUUCCCAGACAACCUCCUCACAUGCUUAAUGACCUAUGCCGCACGAAUUGAUGAGCAGAAGAACGGCCAUGAGGAUUCCACCUACAAAAUACUCGAUGAUGUCGAGCAAAGCAUUAAGAAGAUGAAGUCCAUGGAAGUCUAUCAAUGCUUUUACGGUUUACCAAGUAGGACCAAAUUUCGGCACUGCCUGGUGGGCUGCCAUCUAGUCGGCUAUCUUCGCCGCAAGUUUCUCAAUGAACGAAACUAUGCAGCACGUUUCGGCCAGGAUCUCAUCAAGCUGGUCUUACCAGAAUCUCCUCGUUUUUAUACCUUCAAACAGUGGAAAGGCAGAUGGGCCGACGUACUCCGCUGCCUUCUAGAGACGGGGUUGAACAUUGAUGACAAUAAGGCGGGUCGGUUUGGCAGCAGCCCCUGGGCGAUUUUGAUUGGUCAUAUCACCUCAUGGGCAGCAGCAGAGUGUGUAUUCGAGUGUUACGAAUGGAAGGCUCGAUUUUGGACCAUGCUAGAGUCUAGCAACAUAUCACUCGCCCUGAAGAACGGGGCGGAUCCCAAUGCCCUAGUUCGGCGUCGCAAAAUGGGGUCUUUUGUGUAUUCGACAGCCUGGAUAGACUUCCUGCUUCUUUCCUUCGACAUCUCGGCAAAUCCCGCCCACGAAUCACUCUUCCUAAAAGUUCUUGCUGAUUUCAUCAACGCAGGCGCAGACCUGAAAACAGCUGUGUUUUCACUUUCAGAAGAAGAGGUCAAACACGCCAAAGGGGGAAGCACCGUCCACGAAAAGUUUUUCGGCCUACUCGAACGUGGGCCGGUCGCCGAGUCGAGCCAAUACAACCUUCCCCUCCUGGCCGAAGUUACCAAUGUGCUGCUGUCGAAGGCGCACAAGGUUGGGUUGGAAUGGCCCAUGGCUGACAUAUGGCGCGUGGUUGACAAGGUUUUCCCGCCGCAGUUGAGAGCCCAGAUUCGACUCCGGUAUACGAGGCUCAGUCAAGGAGCAAAGGAUGGCCGUGGAGCCAAAGGCAAGAAAAGAAAGCGUGACAGGGACGGGAAUGGGAGGACUGUUCGGAGAAAGCCCUGA